AUGGAUCCAAGCUGGCAGCAAUCAUAUCCUGACUCGACAGGCGCCCCGCGACGACACAAUGGCGGCACCCAAAUGCCGCGAGACUUCGCCGGACAGCCACCACCACCAGGUGCAUCAGCCUUCGGCUAUGCCCACGGCCAGUACCAAGGCGGUGCUCCUGUCCACGGCAUCAACCCUGCCGCAUCUGUAUCAAUGGGAACGACUUCUGUCAUCCGCGACGGCAACGGCGACAUUCCCAUGCAUGAUGCCCACGACGCCCAUGCUGGUGUGAAGUAUCCCGUGAGAUCCCAUCACCAGUCUCACCUGACUGGCGGUCGACCAGCGAAUCCCCACUCAUCGCAUGAGCAGCAACCGUCUUCGGCAGCUCAGCGGUUCUCACCUAUGGACACCUUGUCGCCUACCUCUCCCUAUACCCCGACAACUAGUCAAUUUUCGAACCCGCCACCUCAGGCCCGUUCCCCAACCGGUCAGGGUGACAAUCCAUACUAUGCCGGGCGUCAGUGUGACCAGAAAAUGCCGGCUAUUGCGCCCUUCGCACCCUCACAUGAUGGCUAUAUUUCAUCUGCCAUUUCGAAUCUGGAUAGCAGCCUCGCAAAUGAUCCCAAGUCCCCUCGACGUCAGAACUUGCCCACGUUAACACCAGUACCAGAAUUCAGGAGGCCGCUACAAGCGUUGACGUGCCAUCUACCUGCGACAUAUCGCAUUUGCAACCCGAGCUUCAAGUACGAGACGUCUCGAAAUCCCCGCCGAGUAUUGACAAAACCCAGCAAAGGGGUCAAGAACGAUGGCUACGACAACGAGGAUAGUGACUAUAUCCUCUAUGUGAAUGAUAUUCUGGGAUCGGAAGAAGCGGGCCACAAGAACCGCUAUCUCAUACUCGAUGUGCUCGGGCAGGGCACUUUCGGCCAAGUUGUCAAAUGCCAAAACCUCAAGACACAGGAAGUAGUUGCGGUUAAAGUUAUCAAGAACCGCACCGCAUAUUUUAACCAGAGCAUGAUGGAGGUUUCCGUCCUCGAUCUGCUCAACACCAAGCUCGACAAAAAUGACGACCACCAUCUGUUGCGCCUCAAGGACACCUUCAUUCAUCGCCAACAUCUCUGCCUUGUAUUUGAACUUCUCAGUGUCAAUCUCUAUGAGCUUAUCAAACAGAACCAGUUUCGUGGGCUCAGUACCACCCUCGUCCGAGUGUUCGCUCAGCAGCUGCUCAACGGGCUUGCCCUUCUCAACAAGGCUCGACUGAUACACUGCGACUUGAAGCCCGAGAACAUUCUGUUGAAGAAUUUAGAGAGCCCGAUUAUCAAAAUCAUCGAUUUCGGCUCGGCCUGCGAUGAGCGCCAGACUGUCUACACCUACAUUCAAUCACGAUUUUACCGCUCACCCGAAGUGUUACUUGGUCUUCCAUACUCCUCUGCUAUUGACAUGUGGUCAUUGGGCUGCAUCGUUGUCGAACUGUUCCUUGGGCUACCUCUUUUUCCUGGGUCGUCCGAGUAUAACCAAGUGUCUCGCAUUGUGGAAAUGCUAGGCAAUCCACAGAACUGGAUGAUCGAGAUGGGCAAACAGGCCGGAGAGUUCUUUGAGAAGAGCCAGGACGAAUUCGGCCGGCGAACGUAUCAUAUCAAGGGCAUGGAACAGUAUGCCCGGGAACACAACACCAAGGAACAGCCCAGCAAAAAGUAUUUCCAAGCUAGCACCUUGCCAGAGAUUAUCAAGUCGUAUCCCAUGCCCCGAAAAAACAUGAAACAGAGCGAGGUUGAUCGAGAAAUGAAUAAUCGGAUUGCCUUCAUUGACUUCGUUCGAGGCUUGCUCACCAUCAAUCCGCUGGAAAGAUGGUCUCCUCAGCAAGCGAAGCUUCAUCCCUUCAUUACCCAGCAGAAGUACACUGGGCCUUUCGUCCCCCCGAUGAACCUCAAGUCAAGCUCUCUGAACCGAUCGCCAGCGCCGGGCACGCAGCAGCAGCAGCAGGCCGAAGCCCUAAGCAAGCAGCGAGCCCAGGUGGCACAGGCUCAAGCAAACUCUGCGGCUCAAGGCGCGUACGUCAAUAUGACAUCUGGGCAGUACCCUCAUUCUGGACACCCACCGAACCCAGUGUACGGAAACAAUGCCGCGUACAAUGCCGCGCUGAAUCAUGGGACCAUGGCCCCUCCCUAUGGAUCCCAGGCCAGUCAGUAUGGGCAAAUGGUCCUGCACCCACAGCAACCGAUGCCUGCAGGGCAGUAUGGAGCCUCUCAACAGAACGUGUACCAACCAGGUGGCACGCGAUCGAACAGGCAGAGGGCUUCGACCAUGGAACAACAACAAAGCGGCAUCCCCGCCGCUAUACAACGUGUAGCCAGCCAUCUUGAUCCCAACCAGCCUAUUCGACUGCAGCCGAGCCCAGCGUAUUAUCCACCUUCGGGCGAUGGCAUACCAGGUGUCGGCAACACCCCUGGUCGGGCUGGUAGACGAGGAAGUAGGGCUCAGCAAGGCGGCCGAGGGGACCGAGACUUCAUUCGAAACCUCGAGGAGAGAACACUCGAAGAGGGCUUCAUGGGCAAUCAGAACCCUUGGCAUUGA